AUCCUGGACCUCAUGGUUAUUCGGGAAGAUCUAACCAGUGAGCAAGAGAAUGCAGAACUAGGAAGAAACUGUCGUCAGAAAGUGUUCGCUGUCACCGCAGCUUCCACGCCGUCAUGGAGCUCGUCUAUCACGAAAAGCAAGAUGGAUUACUUUGUGGUCAACACUGCCUUAACAAUCUACUCCAAGGCCAGUACUUUUCUGUUGUGGAUCUGGCAGACAUAGCACAACAGAUGGACCAAGCUGAACAGCAUCAUAUGGCAGAGCUGGGAAUGCACACAGAUGAUUUCAGAAGAUUUAUGGAGCAACCAUCGGUGAACAUGGACGACAGUGGCAUGUUCAGUGUCCAGGUACUGACAUCUGCUUUGCGAGUGUGGGACCUUACAUUGGUGCCCUUUGCCUCCAGUAGUCCUUUGGCAGAAGCUGCCCGAGACAACCCAACAGAACAACAGGCAUACAUAUGUAACUUCAAGGAACACUGGCUGACAGUACGGAAAUUGGGUCACCAGUGGUUCAACCUUAAUAGCCUCCUCUCACAGCCUGAGCUCAUCUCCAAUACUUACCUGGCACUUUUCCUCACACAGCUGCAGCAUGAAGGUUACUCAAUAUUUGUGGUGGAUGGUAGCCUACCUCCAUCAGAGGCAGAUGAAAAACUGCGUCUACAUCCUGCUCAGCAGACCGUCAAGCCGAGACUUCUAUCUGAGGUAUCAGUGGAGCAAAGAAAUAGCAAAGAUGAUGGAGACCUGAAAGCUGCUCUGGCUGCCAGUCUGGCUAAUGUUGGGUUGCCCUAUAAUCAACAAAGUGAACCACCUCAUUCAGGGGAGUAUGAUGAAUUACAAGCAGCCAUACAGAUGUCUCUCCAAAAUUCCUCAACGCCUAAGUCAAACAGUGACUUGGAGAGAGCCCUACAAGAGAGUCUAUCUAGCAAGACACACACAGUCAGCCUGAGGGACCAAGUUAGUACAGGACCCUCCACUGAUGAUGAGCACCUGCAGGCAGCCAUUCGCUUGAGUCUUGGUCAAUACAGUCCAGAAGUUGCUGAUAAUGAUCUGGAGAGAGCACUGCAACUGAGCAUGUCAGCAGAGGAGGAGCAAAGCAACCUAGUAGGAGGCCAAGUUGCUGCUGGUCCAUCUAACAAUGACAGUCACCUUUUUAGUAAUCUGGGUCAUCACAUUCCAGAGACUUCUGGUUCCAUCGGCACGGAGGAGCCAGACCUUGAGGAAGUACGGCAAAGGCGUCUGGCAUUCCUGAGUAAGCAGACACCAUGACCUCCAUAGAGUUAAGACUUGAGUGAGGAAACUUGUAAUGUAUUUGUGAACUAUCACAUUAGUUGCCUUUAUGGAAUAUGAUUCCACACUUCGUUCAACAUGAAUGUGCCCAUUUUCUAAGAAAUGCCAGUAUACAAAUACCAAACUGGAUAAGAAUCAGCGAUACUUGGAUCAAUUUGUGCAUGGAUGUUAGAGUGAGAUCAAGAACAAAUAAUUAUUUGUACGUGCAUAAGCAUGUGUGGGUCCUUUCUUUAGUGAGUUUAAUGGUGCAACUGGUGCAUGAGGAAUCUUUAUGGCAAAAAACUUUAUGUAAAUUAAAGCUUCUGUAACCUUCUCAGUGAACAUUACAAAGAAUUGAACUGGAGAAAAUACAUUUUGGUUGAUAAGUAUCAUAAUAAUGGUACAGUAAUUGAUAUUACAUAAUAUACAGUCAUGUGUUUUGAAUUCAGUUCAGGUCAUAAGCUGUCAGUAGAAUUGUGUACCUGUAAAGUCACUUGUACCUUACCAUUCUCCUUUACAAGCAAACAAAUGUAGUAGUUCUAUGACGUUCUUCUUAAAUUUGCUGUUCUUUGCAUACUUUAAUCAUCUUCCAUGAAUGUUUGUUUUUCCAUUUGUCUUUUGACUGAUUACUUAAAUCUUCACAGGCUUUUUUUUAUUCAUAUUUGUCUAAAUAGUUACUUGUGUUUUGUUAUAAUCUUUGAUAUAUAUGUUUUACACUCAGCCUCCCAUCAUUUAGCUCUUCUAUUUUUCUGUCUCUUAUUUUCUCAAUUUCUUCCAUUCCACCUGAAUUCUGGAUUGUACUAAUGAUGCUCUAUGUUUGUUUCUUUUCUUUGUGCUUAUUACAAAUCUUUCUUUUACUAUUUGCCACAUUACUUGCCUCAACAAUUUCUUACAUUGCCUUACCAUUCAUUUCCAUUUCUCAUUAUGUAUUGAAAAUUGCUCAUGACUUUAUAGCUCCUCCUUCUGUAAUCUCCUUUCCUUUUUGCCUCUUCCUUCAUUCGUCUCUCCAGAUUCAUUUCCUUUAGGAAUUUCAGCAGCACCGAAUGACCCUUAGUAGUGGCGAUUUAUUUAUAUAAUAAAUUAUAAGUAGGAAAGAAACAAAAAUAUUAAUUUUAAGCUGUGUUGAAUAAGAAAGUCAUCUCUUAAGCUUUAUAGUUUAGUGGAAUCCAAGAAUUUUAUAGCAACUUAGAUAUUCAAAACUUAAAAUAGCAUGAUGACACCUAGUGAUUCACGUUGUCAGUUUCUCUCACAUUAUCUUCAUUGAGAUUGAAAACCACAUAAUGUCUUGUCAGCUUAUCUUUCUAAUUCUUUAUUGCUAUCCUUAUCUGAUGUGUCUAUCCUAUUAGAAUUUUUAAAUAUUCUUAUUUUGAACAUAGAUCUUACACUGACAAAAGUUUUAGUUUUUGCAUUCUUUCUUUAAUGCUCAUUCCCUCUUCAGGCACUACUUUUAAUACCUGCCUCUGUAUUUUUUUCAUUUCAUGUAAUGUUUUGCUAGGUGAGGGUUUUGUCCUGUCACUGGAUGAGGUAAAGAAUAUUUUAAACCAGUUUUUGUCAAGAUUUUGAAUGUUGCUCUUAUGUCUACAAGUUUAGCCUGUUCUGCUGAUAUUCUGUUAUGCGAACAUCAGGAGUAAAUUUGGGUGAUGGUUAUUCUAAAGUUUUAAUCUUUAACUGUUUCUGUGAGUUAGCUGGCUAUGAAUCAGGGGUCAUGAAUACCGGGGUCUGUCAGUAGAGAAUGGUUGAAGUGUGGGUGUAGAAUGAUAGUGCAGGAGUAGGUGAGUAUGGGUAUUUGUGGGGUGGAGGCAGUCCAUUCAGUGGUGGGGGUAUUAGGUAGGUGUAUGGGUGUGGGGGGAGGCAUCGACUGGUGUUUGUGGUAAGUGGGGUUUCAUAUGGGUGACGGUUGGUGGAUAAGUCUUGUGUGGGCAGUAUGGUGAUGAUAGAGGGAUUCAGGGGGUGGGGGAUUGUAAGGAAGUUGGCAGAUGGGUGAAAUUGGUUGGAGGUGAGAUGGCUGUGAGUGGUGUUAAUAUUAAAGUGAUAGAUAAUGUAUGGGUUGGGGGAAAAGGUCUGCCAGUGGUUGGAAUCUAUAUUUUCUAGUUAAUCUCACCAAAGUUCAGAUUGAUUUGUUUCUCAAAGAUUUUUGCCCUAUGUCACAAAAUACUUAGAAUUUUUUUUGUUACUUUUACUGAUGCUCACUUUGUUCAAAGAUCUUAUCUUUUAACCGAUUCUUUUAAAAAAUAGUUUGAACAGUCUCUGGGAAUCAGCUAUAUAUGCUCCUAUUGUGUGCUGGCAUGUCUGUGUGUCUGUCUUUGUGUGUGAGAGUGAGAGAGAUUGUGAUAUAAUUGGCUACUAGAAGUAAUCCAAGUUGGCUUAGUUCAUGUAAUACAGUAGCAUUAAAUAUUUUUUUCGUGUGCAUUUCCAGAAGUGGGUGGGUGCAUGUGUGCAAGGUAGUUUGUGCUGAUUCUUAAAAAUUUAUUACAUAUUGCUAUCAUAUCUUAAUAUAUUAUCAAUUCUCAUUUUCUAUUGCAUUAAGCCUUUUUGCUAUUUGUAAUAAUAUCACAAAUAUUUUCUUUGGUGGUUUAUAACAGUCUCUUGCUUUUAGUCACAGAAUGCACAAAUUGUGGUAGUUAUAAUGUUUUUAUGGAGUAUUUCACUAGUGUAUAUUGCUGCAGGAGAUAGCCUGCAUUUGGGCCAAACAAAAAUAUUUGUGGUUCCAGUCCCAAGGUGAAAUAAAUAAUAGUGAUAAUUUUCAUGAUUUUUUUUUUUUUUUUACAAAUAUGUUUUGUUACUUAUUGCUGUGAUGAUUUAUUUUACAUUAUGAACUUACAUUUUCUUCAUUGUAAAAUUUUAUUUGUUUUUUCUAAUAAUUUUAGUGUAAGGUGCAAAUGUUUAAAUAAAUAUUGUACAGUAGUUGUGAACUUUGUCAAUUUUUUAACUAAAACUACAGUCGUUUUAGGGGCUUGAGCAUCCAGCAGGUUUGUGUAUGUUAGAUAGGAGUGUAUAGAGGCAAGUGGUUUUUAAUUAAUGAAUGUGCUGUUAGAAUGUGAAGGAAUUCAGGGAAACCAGUUAGCCAGACUUGAGUCCUGGAGGUGAGAAGAGUAAUGCCUGCACCCUGAAGGAGAGGUGGGGAUGUUGCAGCAUGAGGAGUAAACUGAUCGUGAUGUCAGCACACUUAUAGAAAGACAGAGAUUGAAUGAAUGAUGGUUGAACAUGUUUUCUAUGGGUCAUCUUGUCUUGGCAAGAGACAACCAUUGAGGAAAAAAAAAUACAAUAAUUUUUUUUUUCAACAAACUGGCCACAUCCCACCGAGACAGGGUGGCCCAAGAGGAAAAAUGAAUGAUUCUCUUUUUAAUUUAGUAAUUUAUACAGGAGAAGGGGUUACUAGCCCCUUGCCCCUAGGAUUUUAGUCACCUCUUACAACAUGCAUGGAUGAUGAUAAUUAUGUACAGUGGAACCUUGGUAUGCGACCUUAAAUCAUUCCAGAAGGCUGUGCGAGUGCCACACCAUCUGAAUAUUGAACAAGUUCUUCCCAACCAAUUUUCUGUUUGGUUGGCUGUUAUCACUAAUCUUCGUAGGCCCCAUGGUGACUUAUUUAUACAAAUACAAAAUAACACCCAAAAAUGCAAAGAAACACUAAAUAGUUUACAGCGAAAUUCUGGCAGGUCGUGUUUGUUUGGUCAAGUGCUGAGCUUUGUUCAAGUAGGGAGCUGGUCGUAUACAGAGGUUCCACUGUACUUUUAUUGCUUAUGGUGUUCUGAAGUACUAUUAUGCUAUGUCUUUUUUGAGAAUACAAACAAGUUUAUUUUAUGCUUGCUUGUUUAAAGAUUAUACUAAAAUAAAAGUAGAAAUACUGUACAUAAAAAAAAUGAAUAAAUUAUGGGCACUGCUGAAAUACUAGUUACUAUUUUUGUUGAUGAUUAUCUUCAUGUGUUAGAGUAAUACCAUGCUAAUUUAUAAUGUAGUUUAUUAAACCAGUAAAUUUUUAUUUAAGUACUGGGGGAAUGGCAACAUUUGCUUUAUGAAGCACAAAACAUAAGUUCAUUAUUAAAUGCAGCCUCAGUGUUCUAAUUUUUGAAAAUGUUGACAGUAAUUUACAACAUCAAGAGUAUGUACAUAUUUGAUCUCUUAAGUUGUUGGCCAUCCCCAGGUUAAAAUUGAACUGAAAUAUUUACCUUGUAUGUGCAGGUGGAGGGAAAAGGGGAGGGGGACAAAAAUGUUUGGGAGAGAUUCAGCAUAUGUGAACUUUCACAAGUCUUGCUGGAAAUGAGACUCCAAGAUAUUAGUAUUAAUUAAAACAUGCACUUGAUGAAAGAUGCUGCAUGGGUAUAUACAUCAGGCAUAAUGGCAAACAUUUUGUAAGUCAUUUAGGUGCUUUCUAAUUAACUGUUGCUUAUCCUGAAAAGUUUUGUAAGUAAUGAAAAUUUUAUUCAGUAUACUAGCCAAGCAAAAUGUUAUGUUGCAUAUGUGUGAGUGCUCCCCCUCAACAAAAGGUUUUAUGAACCGGAGCAUCUGAUCUCAGUAGGAUGCAUAUUUGGCAAACCUUGGAUUUAAUGGACUAAUGUGGAUGGGAGUGAUAAUGGCACCUGUAGUGAAUCGAAAUAAAAAAUUUUGCUGUGAUCGCAACAAUGGUAGACAAUUCUGUAAAGAAUGACUUCGUCCAUUGUUUGCGAAUCAGUUGACCCGGUGGAUUUUGUCCCAUAUUUCCGAGUCUUGUAAAUUAAGGGUUUUCUAUUAUUACCAACUAAACUGAUGGUGGUCUCAGUCAGAGUGAAAAAAGUAAAGGCUUUAAAACUAACCAACCUCUUGAGAGGUCUUUUCUGCAUUGUGAAGUGCUUUUUGUGGAGUGUAAUUGAUCUGUACAUAUUGAAGUCUGGUCUGUUGGCAUUGCUUAUUUCAUAAACAUGUUGUACCUUGACAUUUAAUGUUAUUCAUUAUACAAUACAGUGAUGGUUCUCAUUUGUACAGUGUAUUAUGAAUGUGAACACCUAUUGAAUUACAGCAUUUAAAGCUUAGGGAACUGAAAAGGUAAGUUGGAUAUUUUUUGUUAGAUUGUGAGGGUGAGUGAAAUAACUUGAUUAACUAUUAUUUAUGUUUCUUAUAUAUCUUUAUAAGUACGUAAUUAAGAAUGUUGCACCAAAUGAAACUGACAUACCAAAGUGAGGAUUUACUGGAUGAUUAAGUGAUGAUCUCCUUUAUUUACAGUGCUCUUGUGUUAAGUGUGAGCUUCAUAGGAAAAUGUUUCACUCAGGAGCAAUCAUCCAAUAAAAGAGACAACAAAAGCUCUUGCUUUAGCCAAAGGUCUUGGAAUAAAAUGCUCAUCUUGCUAAAUGUCAGAUUUUAUGACUGUCAGUUUGCCAGUUGUUUGGGCUUAAAUAUUAAAAUACAGUGGACCCCCGGUUAACGAUAUUUUUUCAUUCCAGAAGUAUGUUCAGGUGCCAGUACUGACCGAAUUUGUUCCCAUAAGGAAUAUUGUGAAGUAGAUUAGUCCAUUUCAGAUCCCCAAACAUACAUGUACAAACGCACUUACAUAAAUACACUUACAUAAUUGGUCGCAUUGGGAGGUGAUCGUUAUGCGGGGGUCCACCGUACUUAAAAUCGUUUAGUUUCCUGAGCAGAGGAUGUGGUUUUUUAUUUCCUGUCCCUCAAAGAUUUAAAUAUGUAUUUUAGAAUAGUGCACUAUGAAACAUUACAAAAAAGAAAUCAGUUUAAUUUCCAGUAUCCUUUUGAAUAGGCUGCAUCCUCUAAGGAUGAAAAAUAGAGAAUUAUUUUUGUGAAUUAUAAAGAAUUAUUCAUUACAGUGUUGGAUCCAUGGUGGUACUGUACAUUAAAAGUGUGGGUGAAAGGUAGCAGUCCUCUUUAAUUUUGAGGGUGAAAAAAUAAUGAAAUUAACUCUGUAUCUCUAAUUUCACAUGCAUAUUUUUCCAUGUUGUCAUUCACAUCAGUGGUAGUAAGCGUGACUGAAGUUGACAUAAUCAGAGUCAGUAUUUCAAAAUUAUUGUGCAUAAAAAAAAAAAAAAAAGUCUGAAUGUCAAAGGAUGCAUAACAUUUCAAACAAAGCUUAAUCUAGUCUUAUGAUCUACAAAGUAUUAUUAUUAUUAUUUUUUGAGGGAGCUUAAAAAAAAAUACAAGUUAAUUUACAACAUAAAAUUAGCUAUAAUUGCUCUUCGUUUCCAUUCAUUUUACUGGCAAAGAUCCUUUACCUCCACUUUCAUGUACCAUUAAAGGUCCUCAAUGCUGUAUUAUAUUAACUUGAACUUUGCUGAACUGGGUGUGGCAUUUAGGAUCCAAGAUUGGUUGCUAUGAAUUGCAAGCAUCAGAGACUAACUCAUGAAACUAAAUGUGGAAUGCAAGAAAGAGGUUCUACAUGUCACUUCCAGUUUACAUGGUGGAAAAAGUACACAUUGACGUGAUAAAAAAUAUGCAUAUUUUUAUAUAAAUUUAUAGGCUUUUGUGUAAUUUAUUUAUGCGAUUAAUGUAGAAAACUGUAGUAUGUACCCUUCACUGGAGGUGCCUUUAUGUUGAAAGGCUCUUGAUGCAGAGUAUUAGAGCUACCCUCCACUUUCUUAGAUAAACAUGAUUACCUCCUAUUUCUCAGAGGCUGUAUGACCUCUAUGGAUUAAUGUUCCCCCACAGUUAUAUAAAUGGUAAUGCAGUACGUAUAUUGCAAAUACUUGUCAGUCUUCAUUCACUUCCUGGAUUUGCUAUGUGAUGAAAUCCUGGAUUGGGCUGUGGCCUUUUAAAAGAUAUGCACCUAGAGGAGACAGGUAUUGGAUACCAGCUGAGAGUUGCAAGGUAUUAGUAAUUAUGGAAAUUACAUAUACAUAUAAUUUUAAAUAGUGUAAUUUUGUAUAAAUUCUAUAGCUUCACCCUUUCACUGUGACAUUCAAAAUAUAUGGUACAGUAUUUCAACAAAUAUUUAUAGCUUUUUACUGCAAAAAAAAAAAAAAUAAUAAUUUGCUGUAGUACUAAGAAAUUUUCCCUUAUAGCCUUAUAGUAGGAUGUGCAAUAAUACUUACGUAACCAAGAAAAUUGCACCAAAUUUCUGCAUGCAAUUGUCUGUUGACUAUAUGCCACAACAUAUGGUGAAGAGGAUUGGCUGACUGCCUAGCUGACAUUCCUCACCCAUCCCUGUUAUUUUCUUUAUAUUAUUACUGAACGGUUUGUGAUUUAUUUAUGUACUUUAUGAUAUUUAUUUUAAUGUAUUAUAUCUAGAUUUAUUGGACUGAUUUGAUGGAUUUUGGAUUUAACAGGUACAGUAUAUAACAAUACAAAAUUCAUAAUUGACAUUUAUGGAAACAAUCCUGAAAAUUUGUUGUGCAGUGAAAGAUUUAAUACAAUAUUUAAAAUGUUACUAGUGUAGAAAACCGUAUUGCUGUUAAACAGCAACACAGAGUUGUCGUAUCCAGGUAGGUAUGAUAGAUAUCCCAUAUUUAGGUGGGUGUGGUAGAUAUCCUUUACCCAAGCAGGCUUGGUAGACAGGCCAUAUGGAUUUACUGGUCCUUGCUCUGUCUCCAUGCAAGCUGGAGAUUUUCAUCUCCAUAGUGCCUUAACUUUUUAAGUUGUAGGAUGUUGUAGUCUCCACUAAUGAUGCUUCUUUAUCUCUGAAUUUACAAUUCUUGUGUAUUUUCAUGACAAGAUUAUCAAUUUCAAUAAAAUUUAUAGCACAGAA